AUGUCGCUCACAGCUUUGCUAGUCCCGGCACUGCGUUUGUCUGCCGCGCUGGCGGUGGCGCCAGUAGGCUUGACGCUGGAGACAGCCGCUCUUUCGGCGUCUCACCUUUCCCGUCGUACCGCAUCCCGAUUUUUGCACGUAUUUCCCGCUCCUCUGUCGUCUUCCCUUGCUCAGAAGGCUGCACAGUGUGGAGCUACACACAUGCGGUCGUCCUACACUUGCCUGCGGCACGCCCGGCCUUUUGCCUCCUCUGGCACAGCUGCCUUCGCCCUGCCUCCUCUUCCUUAUUCUGAAGAUGCAUUAGCGCCCCACAUUAGCGCAGAGACUCUCCGGUUUCACCAUGGAAAGCACCACGCUGCUUACGUCAGCAAGCUGAAUGGUUUCGUGGAGGGGACGCCUUUUGCCAAUCAAACCCUCGAAGAUAUCGUCAGGGGUUCUUCGGGAGCAUUGUUCAACAACGCGGCACAAGCGUGGAAUCACGAGUUCUACUUCAAGUCCAUGAAGCCCGUGUCUGCUGGCGGAGGGGGUGAACCUGAGGGGCGACUUAUGGAGGAGAUUGUAGCAGCCUUUUCCAGCUUUGCCCAGUUCAAGGACGAGUUCUCGAAGCUCGCAACGGGUCACUUCGGCUCGGGAUGGGCGUGGCUUGUGUGGGACAAAGAGAAGAAAAGGCUAACCCUGGAACAGACGCACGACGCGGAUACUCCCAUAACAGACAAGAACAAGGUUCCCCUUCUUUGCUGUGACGUGUGGGAACAUGCAUAUUACAUCGACAGGAGGAACGACCGACCGGCAUACGUUGAUGGAUGGUGGAAGGUCGUCAACUGGAGCUUUGCAAGUGAAAACCUGGUGAAGGCCCAACAGACCAACUAA